UUUUAGACGCCAGCAAAAAGAUCGUCAGGAUGACGCCACUUGUCUUUGUUGUUCUACUUCUACCUUUUACGGUCGUUUCUCCGGCCUCCAUCAAUACUGGAAAUGAUGGAAAUGAAACAGAAUUAUACACGUCUGAGAAAAUCGCAAUGGCAAACCAAAAUAUUGUAUCAAGUAAUGCCGCGGGACCACACUUGACUCAUGGGGACAUCAUGGUGGACAUGAUCGAUGACGGAGGGAUUUUGAGGAACGCUGUCCCCUGCACCGCCACCAACUGCAAAUGGCCGAAGAAUAAAAAAAAUCUGGUCAAAAUUCCCUACGAGAUCACCAGCGAUUUUUCUCGUUCGGAAGCCAAGUUCAUUAAAAACAUCCUGAAAGGCUUCAAGAGCACCACCUGCAUUCGAUUCAUCAAGAAGAAGGCAAAACACAACGACUAUUUAUCUUUUAUCUCUGCCGACGGGUGUUGGUCUUACCUCGGUCGCACGCAAAAUAAACAACAAAUCUCCUUGAGGACAAGCGGUUGUUUAUUCACGGACAUCGUGCAGCACGAGGUUCUCCACGCACUCGGGUUCCACCAUGAGCACGUUCGCUCUGACCGAGACGACAAUGUCGAGAUUCAUUUCGAAAACAUCCAAGCAGGAUUGGAAAACAACUUUCAAAUUUCUCAAACGAACAACUUGAACACCCCCUAUGACUUCGACUCAGUGAUGCAUUACAGCAGAUUCGCAUUCAGCAAAAACAACCAACCAACCAUCACUGCCAAAGACGAUUCCAUCACAACUUUUGGCACUGCGACCGAGAUGAGCGAUAACGACUACGCCCGUGUCAACAGGCUUUAUGAAUGCUAAACAUCUUGACUGAGAGAGGGCGUCGGCCUCCAGCGACCUGCAUUGUUUACGGGAACCAUAAUGAAGAAACUAUUGUACAGUUCAUUAUUUUGAAACUGGGUUUACAUAUUAGAUAUUACAUAUUACAAUGAAAUGAAUGAUUUUUGUAUUUUUUUCUCAUGAUUUUUAUGUACUCUAUUCAA